GGCAGUGGAGGACUGCAAGUCCCAGAGAUCCCGGCAUCAAGUGAGACCUGGAACCAGCGUUUGAAUCACAUAACAUGGCAGCGCCGUCCAGCAACACAUGCGGGCUCAUGGAGCGGUCGAUCCGGGAGCGGGUCCCGCCACUGCUGACGGACCUGUACCAGUUCACCAUGGCCUAUGCGUACUGGCGGGCCGGCCGGCACCAGGAGCCCGCCGUCUUUGAGCUCUUCUUCAGAGACAAUCCGUUCGGCGGAGGCUUCUCUCUGUUCACCGGGCUGCACGACUGUCUGCUGUUCCUGCGCAGCUUUCACUUCACAGACGAAGAUGUGGAGUUCCUGCGCUCAGUCCUGCCCCCGGCCACAGACCCAGCCUUCUUCCAGUUCCUGCGAGGCCUGGACUGCUCCGGCGUCACACUCCGCUCCGUCCCAGAAGGCACUGUGGUAUUUGCCAGGGUGCCUAUGAUGGAGGUGGCAGGUCCGCUAGCUGUGGUUCAACUGCUGGAGACCAGUUUACUGUGUCUGGUUAACUAUGCCAGUCUGGUGUGUAGUAACGCCGCCCGCUUCCGCCUGGCAGCCGGCCCCAGGAGGAAGCUGCUGGAGAUGGGUCUGAGGAGGGCUCAGGGUCCAGAUGGAGGACUAACCGCCUCACGAUACACACACAUUGGAGGGUUCGACCUCACCAGUAACGUUCAGGCUGGUUUCCUGUUCGGGAUCCCCGUCGCAGGGACGAUGGCGCACUCAUAUGUCACUUCCUUUACUUCUCUAGAGGAGGUGUGGCCACAAACACUCGUGGCGGUGAACGGGGAGCCCGACCCGGUCGAUUUCAUUUCAUUGACAAAGGGCUGGCUGCGUCGUGUCUGUGAGCUUUUGGGUGCUGAGACAGGGAAGAUCCGCGAGGGCGAGUUGGCUGCCUUCCUGUCCUACGCCAUCGCUUACCCUCAGAACUUCCUCCCUGUGAUUGACAGCUACAGUGUCAGCUGCAGUGGCGUGUUGAACUUCUGCGCUGUGGCGUUGGCGCUGUGUGAACUGGGAUACAGGCCGGUGGGAGUUCGUCUGGACAGCGGCGAUCUCUGCAGGCAGUCGGUCGAUGUCCGCCACGUCUUCAGACUCUGCAGUGAGCACUUCUCCAACUCUACCUUUGAUUCACUUAUUAUCGUUGGGACCAAUAACAUCUCAGAGCAAAGCAUGGUGGAGCUCAACAAGAAGGAGAAUGAGAUUGACGUGGUCGGUGUUGGAACACAUCUGGUUACCUGCACAAAACAACCCUCUCUAGGUUGUGUUUAUAAGCUGGUGGAAGUGAGGGGGAGGCCCAGGAUGAAGAUCAGUGAGGAUCCACAGAAGAGCACCGUCCCCGGGAGGAAAGCUGUCUACAGACUAUUAGACGCUGAAGGCCAUCCGUUUCUGGACCUGGUGAGUCUGGCAGUGGAGUCUCCACCAGAGGCAGGACUCCCACUGAGCUGCUAUCCUCUGCGGUGUGAUAACGCCCCUCUCUCAGUCACUCCAGCUCAGGUCGUAUGUCUGCGCCAGGAAGCGUUCACCAAAGGCCAGGUCACACACCCUCUGUGCAGCGCUGCAGAAACUAGAGCAAAGGUCCAGAGCUCCCUGCAGACUCUGCACCCUCGACACAAGAGGCUGCAGGAGCCAGACUCUUACACAGUGGCGUUGUCAGAGAAACUCCACAACCUGGUCAUAGAAAUCCGAAAAGGCAGCUCCAACAACAGCCACUUCCUGUUAGCCAACUAAAGACAAAGAUGCACACGUUCAUGUCUGUUUAUUGACACUAUUUUCCAAAGUGCCUCACGGUGUAAGGAGUGCACGUGGCCUUAUGAAACCUUAACAGUGUUAACACCAAUACUCCAAAUACAGGAAGUGACAGCUCUGUUUUGGCCCAUGUAUCUAAUGCCUUAUAAAAAUGAAGACAGGCUGGGACACACUAAAGCAAAUGAUAACAGAUACUCCUAAUAAUUUAAUUAAUUUUAUUCUUUUGGAAACUGUGAUUUUAAUGUUUUCAACAAGCAACUGCUGCAGACGCAUCAGAUAACGAAGACUAACUGAACUGUUGAGUUACUCACACUUGAUUUGGACCUUUUUAACCUUCCUGUCGUCCUCCCCGGUCAAAUUAACCCCGUCUGUUUUGACUGUUCCUUCUUUCCUCCCUUCCUUCCUUCCGUCUGUCCUUCCUCCCUCCUUCUCUCUUUCUUUCCUUCCUCUCUUUUUCCUUCCAUCCUUUCCUUCCUCCUUCCUCCCUCCCUCCUCUCUUUCUUUCCUCCCCCCUACCUUCCUCCCUUCCUCUUUUCCUUUCUCCCUCCUACCUUCCUUCCUUCUUUCCUCCCUCCUUUCCUUCC